AUGUCAGCCUCUUGUUUUCCAGAAUGCAAAGAUCUACAGCCUGCAACCUUCUGUAGGCAUUACAAGACAUACUGCAAAUCUAUGGUGAACAUUAGGAAGGCCUGUAAAAAGACUUGUGGACUCUGUAAGUAUAGUUUAGGAGCCCUUUUUAUUACAUGUACUUUAGCUCUAAUAAAGAAGAGCUCUAAUGAGUUGCAUGCAUUCCUGUUAUUAAGAAUAACCUUACUACAACUAAAAGUGAAUCAGAAUUUUUCUGAUUCGCCCUUGUAUUUGUAACGUUACAGUUGCGCCAAAUAGACAUAUAGAACUGAUCCAAUCCAAGGGAAAUUCCCUAUAAGAAUUGCGAGAGUACUAUUCGUAAAAUCUCAAGUAAAUUAUCUUUUGUUAAGGCGGCCACAACUCAAUCUAAAGGCGGUAAUUUUAGAUUUUAUCUCCCGAAGCAGUGACAAUCGAUUUAUUUUAUAGCCUCUUUCAGGCGUUCAUAUAGUACCCUGCGAGCAGUGGUUUCUCCUUCGUAGCGUAGGGUAUUCAUAUAGGGGAGUGUGGUGCGAAGUCAGAAAGUUCGAAAAAAUGAUUGGAACAGUACAAAGGAAAGAGCGCAUUCCUUCGCUGUCACACCCUACCCCACACCCUCGCUGGUUUUCCUGCUCACAUCUCUUUGAGUAAACAAAUUACAAUUACAAUAACAAUCUGAAUGACUGGAACAGACUACCAAUAAAUUUUCACCACUCUUGGUCCUGCGCCCUUAAAGCAACCACGACUCCCCUCGUCAUUAUAAUUAUAGUAUUACCGUAGGUAUUAUAGGACCACGCUCUGUUGAUUCUUACUUUCGUAAGUGCUAGCUAAACAAUACUGAUUUUAGUAGCAACGUCAGUACAGUGAUGAUAAGAGUGGUGAAUCAAUGACUUGCUUUAAACAGGUGGGGGAGGAGAGGGUGGAGGAGAAGUGCCAAAGAAUUGUGACGUGGUUAUUGUUGGGGGAGGUAUCGGCGGCCUUUACACAGCCGAGUCCCUCCUGAGGCACGGCAAAGAAACUAAAGUUUGCGUCUUUGAGAGGGACGCCCGUCUUGGAGGAAGGAUCUACGAUUAUGUUUUUCCCCAGGUACCGGAUACUGUAGUAGGUGAGUGAGACGGUUAGGAGUCUUUUCCAUUCAAGCCGUCAAGCAAUUAAUUACUCUCUCCCAUGCUAUGAUAAAUUAAAAUUUGAUAGAAAUGAUGCUAAACUCCAUUCUCUUCAAAACAGUAAAGCAGAAAUUACCAUGUCAUAGGUGCUAAGCAGCUUUCAACUUGAUGGCCAUACCACAGGAUUUCACCCGGGGGGGACUCCGCAUAUGAAAGGGGUGGGGAUGCUCGUCGGAAAUUUUGAAUUAAACCCCUAAAGGAGACAGAUCUGGGAAUGGCCCAAGCUUUUUACAACCCCUAAAAGAGACCAUGUUAAAACUCAGACAAUAGAUGUAUUUUUAUAUUUUUUCGCGUGCAACCCUAAACGAGACCUUCACGGCUAAAUAUGAUGGCGUUUUGCCCAGAACACCCUAAGUGAGACCAAAAUCCGAAAUUUACACCCCUAAGCGAGACGACGAGCAUCUCCACCCCUUUCAUGUACGGAGUCCCCCCGCCCCCCCCCCGGGGGAUUCCAUCCACAGACUCCAGAGAUACAACUUUUUGCAGACAUUGCGCUGAGGAUUGGUAAAAGAAGGAUGGAAAAGGCACAGUGACUUCGACUAAGGAGAAGGGACAGGUUGACAUUGAUUAAAGGAUCAGUGACAAUAAAUUUAACUGAUUUAGACAACAAUAAUGUUAAUGUGAAGGAAAAUAAACGGUCGGCUUCUUCCGUGUUUGGCCCCGAUGAGCCGUUUUAUGCACACAGGUGAAAGCUUUCUCUAUGUAGCAAGAAGAAGUACGUUUUAAAAAAGUGAGGUAUCCAUGCUUCGGCUUCCUGGCUACACGUUCGCGACUUUUAGAUGACAAACGAGUCGGUUGGUCCUUAACUUAUACUAAUUUUGGUUCCAGGUCUUGGAGCUUGGAGAAUUGACAAGGUUCAUCACAACAUGAGGUAAAUAAAACAAACUUAACUAUUAUAAAAGUAAACGAUUUUCAUCUAGGUAGCGCUCGCUCUGCUGUCAGCAUGAGCGCCAGGAAUUCAUCAGCUGGGGUGUACCCUGAGAAAGAAACAGUAAAAGAAAAUACUUGUCCUUCGAUAAAACUUGUCCUCUUACAGUUCUUGCUGAGGCCUGAUGGGGGCGAUGCAUGCGCAUUGGUGAGAGCACUUCGCAAUUUUUGUAUUCUCGACCCCACUAUUUAUACGGGUUUGGGAAUGCGUGUCAUGAUCUCUCUCCUCUAAAUGCGCAGAGGAGCUCUGGAUCGAGAUUGCACAUUGUUGGUUUUACCCUUUCUUGAAAAAAAUCAAUGCAACACUUCCGACUGUUCCAAAUUAUUUCAUUUCGAUCUGGAAAUAACAAGCAUGUACUUAAAACUCACUGUUAUUAGCUUCCCUGAACUAAUUUUUUAUUUGCUUUUCUUCAGGGAACUUAUUUCCAGGUUAAACAUCCCGUUUGCAGAGUGGAAUUUUUAUCCCAACCCAAACACAGAAACCAGAGGGAACGCAUCCCGAGAUGAACAAGAAUUAAAAAGGCAGUCGUUUCCAACUUUAACUCGCAGUACAUUUAGGGACAUGAGCUGCUCACAGAUGUUGGACUACCUCGUCAAACCAGAACAUAUGAGCCAAAUCAGCAACUUCGCAACAUUUGAAACAUUUCAACACCAUUUCCUGACACCCGAGGGAUCGAGGUAUUAUUUCGAUGUCUUUGGUUACGAUGGGGACCUCAAGGGAAGUCCUGAAGGCGUAGUGGAAUACUACAAGCAGCUAAAUUUACUCUCGGGAAAAGAGUUCCGCCCGAAAAGGGGAAUGUCCGCCUUCGUGGAAGCUCUCGCUAGAUCUGCAAGAAACCUUGGAGCGAAGAUUUUUGCGGGGAAAGACUACAGGACCGUUUCAAUAGACAAACGGGCUGGUUUGUUCGUGAUAAAGACACCAAAGUAUGAAGUCAAAGCAGCAAAGCUUGUGAUCGCCGCCCCUCCUGGCUCGUUUAGCAAAGUAAGGGGUAACGUCGCUGAAAGGAUUCAGCACGAUCCUGUUUACCAGUCGAUUAUGAAGAGGCCGGCAUUCAAGGGGGCGGCUGUUUAUUCAAGGGCGUGGUGGGAGGAGUACACAAAUAAGAUGGAUCGAUUGUAUCCCAUGGAGAGAUUCGAAUCCAAUAGCGACUGUCUGGGGUCGACGGUACCCCACAGGCAAGUCACUUGACCCUUUUCAGGAGUCUUGUACCGCGGCAGGGUUAGCUCAGUCGGUAGAGCGCUUGACUGCAGAGCGGGAGGUCGCAUAUAGUGUCCCCAAUUAGCACUUUCGUGCUAAAUACAUUGACACUCAAAUAAAAGUGCUUUUUUUUCUGUAGGCUUCUGCUUUCUUGUAUAAGGACGAGGAAAAUAGUUGCAUAUCAUUUCUAUUUUUUGAGGCCUUCGACUUGAAGAAGGUCGCGAAUUUUUAAUCAAUGGCGAACAAGAAAAUAUUGGUCAAAUCGUGGUUUAAAUGAUUGUACUUAAGAGAGGAUGAAGACAAAAGCCGAUUAGUUACUGAGGAAUACUGUUAAAGCGCUUUAAAGGAGUCUUAAAUUCUACAAGCCUUUCUCUCUCUGCCCAGGCCAAACUAUUAUAUCUAACUUUAUAUCUUACCUCCCAAAAAAUUAAAACUAAGAACGUAUCAAAUGAAUCUUUCUGAUUUUAGUGAACGUGGUCCAAAUGGCGAAGCUGUGCUUCAUGUAGCAUAUAAGGAUGGCCCUUGUGGUGACAAAUGGGGGGCGGUUCUCAAGUUACCAAAAGCCAUGGUUGAUGAUGAGAUUCACCGCGCCUUGGAAUACAAGUUCAAAAGGACAAUUCCUAGGCCCAUCAGCACCGUCUAUCAGUACUGGGACGAGGGAGCCUGGUAAGAAGUUGCCGGCUGCGGAGAGAGCAGGAUUAGUCUCAGAAAGCUAGGAAAACUCACCCCCGUGGCCCCGCUAAUCACCCAAGUCACCGGGCCCUUGCUUGUCACCCAAGUCAGUCCAUUCUUUGCAGUCGCUCAUGUCAAUCCAGUUUUCCUAGUCGCCCCAGUCAAUCCUGUCACUCGUGCCACAAUUUUGCCAGGGUGCUGGGAGUAAGGCCGUGGGUUGGUUUGUGUGUGUGUGUGUUACUCAGUGCUGGAAUGUUUGUUUCUAAUCAUAUUCCGUUUACUUAUAACAUGACUUCCAGGUUUUAAUCAAUUACAAUGACAAGUACCGCUAAUUUCUCAUUUUCCAGGUACCUUCAGGGACCGGGCAGCGGAGUGUCAAUGAAACAAGUCACCAGCUGGGCUAAGAAACCAUUUCCGGGGGAGUCCAUCUACGUCGUUGGUAGUGCCUACCAUCCCUACAGGGGAUAUGCUGAAGGUGCGAUCAUGUCGGCUAACAAUGCUUUGAACGAGGGAUGGCAGAUUCCUAUACCAAAGCCUCCUCAAGCAUUCUCACAAGUACCAAGGAAAUUUGCUGAUAUUGAUUGGAGAAACAUAAGAUAGAGAGGAUCACGUUAUCACGACAGCAAGGGACCGUAGAUUUCUAUAAUUUAAAUUAGUAAAUAAACCAA